GAUGACCAAGUCGUAGCGCAUAGUUCGUAAGCAAACGUUGACUCUACGUGCUACGGGCUUCUUUUGCAACUCCGACGGGGUACAUCUGUGCGAUGUCAGGUACUUUGUCACCCACGCGGACGUCUUGCGAAUACGAUUUAAAUUCGUUGGGUUGCACAGUGCGAGUCAACGAACUGCGGGAUCUUUUUUUGCGUGCGUUGGAGCGUCGAGCCUCCGGCUUUUGAUACGCAGCCCCAACUCUUUCGGGAAAGGGUGAAGACGGCACACUCAUGUCUCGCGCGUUGUUGUUGCCCGCAUCAGCUUUGCCCGCACGAGGUGCGUCAAGAUUAAUUUAUUCACUUCGUUGGCGUCGUUUCUGCGUUGGGCUUGCAGUAUGUGCGCGCAUAUAUCGUCCCGACUGGUGUAUGCGUACUUCUUUUUGUGAGAGGGGAGGGGGGGGGGCAGAUGUACGGCAGGAAAGCUAUGAGCAAUACGUAAAUGGAAUUGCGUGCAUAGCGCGUGUCUUUUUUUUUUUUGUCUCUUAUUUAUAUACAUCUGCUUUGGACUUGGAAAACAGCGAGGUAGAUUUCUUUAGAACCCGUUCGUUAACAUUCACUUGUUUCACCGCCUGCAACUAUGGAUGGGAGCGGGAAUCAGUUCUUCGUAGCAGGCACGCAUGAGUAGGGCCAUGAAGCAGGCACGUUUACAUUACUUAGUUAACUGGUCAGUCAGUCAGUCAGUCAGUCAGUCAGUCAGUCAGUCAGUUAGUGAAUGAUUUAACUACAGGUUGUCGAUCAGUUAUCUCAUUAGGGAUCAGUUAGUUUGCUCCUUAAGUAAUCAUUUGGUUGGUUAGUUAGUUAGUUAGUUAGUUAGUUAGUUAGUUAGUUAGUUAGUUAGUUAGUUAGUUAGUUAGUUAGUUAGUUAGUUAGUUAGUUAGUUAGUUAGUUAGUUAGUUAGUUAGUUAGUUUUCACAGUGUAAAAGCAACCAAGACCACUUAUAUCACUAAGACUGCGGUAGCCCAAUGGCUUAGGCGUUGCGGUGCUGAGGUCGCAAGCGCGAUCCCUAUCACGGCGGCCGCAUUUCGACGAGGCCAACUAAAUGCAGUAACACCCGCGUCCUUGGAUUGAUGUGCUCCUUAUAAUAAAGAAUCCGAGGUGGUCAAAAUUAAUUCAGAGUCCCCCACUACGGCGCCUCACAUCCGUGCGCCCCCAUCCGCAUCGUGGUUUCGGCCCCGUAAACCCCACAAUUUGUUUUCUUUUAGUUAUAAAAGAAAUGGCUUGUAAGGUGUCUUUCGACGUUCAUAUUCCGUUCCGGUCGCAUUCUGUGGAGCGUGUACUCGUGUUUCAUUACGUGGACGGCGCCUAAAAAAAAAAAAAAAAAAAAACAGAGAGAGACCGAUAUGAUGAGUCUAAAACUCGCCCACUGUGUACGACUCGCGCUGAAGAAGAAAAAAAACCUGCAGCAAGAGGAUUCAUCGCCGUCCGCUUGGAUCUCAUGCGGGUGACAGGAGCGGCAUAAAAAUCGCGCGCAGCGCACGACCACCUCGUCAGAAAUCAUUCGUGCACAGCCACCACACAGUCGAAACGUUGGAGUCUUCGGGGCUUUAAGGAAGAGAAACAACAAUGCACUCGAUGGUUGUGACAGUCGCUCUCGUCGCGGCGCUGGCGGCUACAACGCUGGCCCAGUCCGAGGGUCAGGUGGACACGGAGUGUGUCCGGCGCUUCCGAGUCUGCGAGCAGGAGUGCGUCGCCGAGGCCGAGACGUCCAAGCAGAUGGCCAACUGCACGCGAGAGUGCGAGUCCAAGAACGACUGCGACCAGCCCAGCUGCCCUCAAGACUACGACGAUAGCAAGUGCCUCCUGCAGACGCCGUUCCUCAGGACGUGCUACGUGGACGCCAUGUGCCCCGAGGGUAGUCGAUGCUGCGCGACGGGGGACGAAGCGUGCGAAUGGCGGUGCACUUGGCUCUUCUGAAAUCGCUCCCCCUCCCCCCUUUGGGUCACGUGUCUUUCGCCUUCGGGGAGGGAAGAUGUAGCCGUCUCUUGCACAUCGUCGUAACUUCCUUUAUCCGCAAUUCACUCUUGUCAAGUGUGACGCUUCUUGCGAAACAAGAGUGUAUGGCUGGUUGGUGAAAGGGCUUAUUCUUUUCUUUUUUUGUAUGCUGCGGCUAGCACCCCUGCAAGAAAUAAAAUGAUGCUGUGGGUCACUCGCUUA